AUGAAGAAAACUAUCUAUAGAACAGACCAAGAAUAUUUAAAAAUAAAACGUAAAAUUUUCUAAGACUAAUUGAAUUAAAUUCUAAUUGAAAUAGAUAAAUAUUAUCAUAUUGUAUUAUCAGCAAAAUAAUUUGUAAUACGAUACUUUCAAUAUCUAAUUGAAUUUAAUGAAAGACAAUAAAGAGGUGAUGAAACUGAAUUUUUUUAUGAAAUGGGUGAUUAUUUUAAAGGAUUCAACAUAAAACAUUUUUUUCCUAAAAAAAUUUGGUAAUUUAAUGUUUCAAGUAUUUAUUGAUUUUUUAUAUAUUAAGAGACUUUUCUCAAUAGUCUAUAUAAUGUUUCAGAAUUAGAUAUCAUUCAUAUUUUCAUAUAAAUAAAUUUAGUAUUAUAAGGAAAAUUUAACAGUUCAACAAGAUCAGUUUUAAAAGUCUUACCUUAUGAAGGAGGGAAUGUCAAAUUUCCUUUUGAAUAUGAUUAUAUCAUAGGAUUCAAUUACCGCAUUUACAUACAAACAGUUAUCUAAAUUAUUCCUAAAUUAUAUCCAAUUUUAAAUAAAGAUGGAAAUCCUACACAUUUUGAAUUCUGUCAUGAAAUAAUUUUGGUUGGAUUAGUAUCUGAGAAUUAAAAGAAUUCUAAGGUUUAUUAUGAAAUAGAGAAAUAUUUUAGAAAUUAAUAAACAUCACCUAAUUUUUUUGCAAAUAUGAAAUUAAUUAAAGAAGAUAAAAAUGAUUCAUAAUUAUAUUAAGGGAUAAAAAUUGGAGAAAAUCCUAAAUCUUUGUAAGAUAGAUUAUUUCCAAGAAAAUUUCAACCAAUAUUGUUAGAUGGUUAAGAUUAUGUAUAUGAUGAAACAUUUAAAAGAUGGAUUCCAGUUUAAACAUAAAUAAUUUUAAAUAACAAAAUAGCUAGAAUGAAUGCUUUUUCUGCUAAUCAUUAUUUAAUUUAAAAAUAUAGUUAAUAACCAUCUGCAUUCUAAUUAUUUAAAAUAAUAUAAAAUAUUCCUAAUUUCAAAGUUAAUUUAACUAAGGAAUAAUAAGAGAUUAUUUCAUUUAAUGGAGAUGGAUUAGUAAUUGGUAGAAGUGGUACAGGUAAAACUACUUGUGCCUUACUUAGACUCUUCACAACAGAUAUUCUAUUUAAAAUUAGAAGUAAAUUAGAUUAAAUUAAUUGUUCAACAAAUGAUAUAUAACUCAAUUAAUAAUAAUAGGAUUGUGUAUUAAAGACUGUCUUUGUUACAGCCAGUCCUUUAUUGGCAUGUUAAGUUAAAAGAUCAUAUGAUAAAUUAGUUUCAAAUAUAUAAGAUGUCAUUAAUAAGAAAAAAAAUAAGGAAAAACAUUAAGAUGAUAUUCAUGUGAAAGAUGAUUAAGAUGAGAUGGAUCAGAGCACAAUUCAAAUUAUAGAUGCAAUAAAAAAUGAUUAAGAGUAAUAAGAAUAACAACAAUAAGGUUAAGAAGAUGAUGUUGAUGAUUAAGAUAUUGAUGAAUAUGAAAAAGAAAUGGGAAAAUUUUAAAGAUUUUCUGAUUUAAAUCAAUUUCCAAUAUUUUUAACUUUGAGAAAAUUUUUAUUUCUUAUUGAUUCAUCAUUAAUCAAUUCUUUUUUUGCUAUUUUUGAAAAUAAAUAGAAUAGAAGUUCUUAAUGGCAUAAUGAGUAAUUUGGAUAGUUGACAUUAUCUCAAAAUAAUGAAAAUAUGUAAAGGAAAUUAGAAUAGUUUAAUUAAAAAUUGAUGGAUGAAAUUGAUAAUUCUGAUUAUAUUUAAACAAAUAUGCAUGAAGUUACAUAAGAUGUAUUUGUUAGAGUAUUUUGGCCAAAAAUAGUAGUGACAAUUAAAUCAUAAUUUUAAAUGCCUAAAUGUUUUGAUCCAAUAUAUGUUUGGUCAGAGAUUUGCACAAAAAUUAAAGGUCAUGAAACAUCACAUAAAUAUCCUGAUAGAUUUAUGAAUUUUGAUAAUUACUAAUAUUUAAGUGAAUUAAAUUAAGAUGAAUGUAGUUUUAUUUAUGAAGCUUUUUAAAUUUAUGAAUAAUAUAAAUAUUAAUUAGGAUAUUAUGAUUUAUUAGAUGUAGUAAAUCAUAUUAAUUAAGAAUUAGCUAAUGGUAAUGAUUUCAUUGAAAAAAUUCAUUAUCUAUUACUUGAUGAAUUAUAGGAUGUACCAAGAGCAGUAUUAAUAUUAUUAGAUUAAUUAACAGAACUUGGAUUAUUUUGUUGUGGAGAUAAUGCUUAAAAUAUAGCAAAAGGGAUAAGUUAAAAAUUUUGUGAAAUUUAAAAUUGUUUAUUGUUAUAUAGAAAUAAUAAGAAAAAAAUACAUAGAAAUCUUAAAAUAUUUGAUUUAAGUAUUAAUUUUAGAUCUCAUAAUAAAAUAUUAUAAUUAGCUAAUUCUGUUAUUAGAAUGAUAGAAAUUUUAUUUCCAUAAAAAAUAGAUAAAUUAAAAAAAGAAACAUCAAAUUUAUAAGGUCCUAAACCUAUUUUAAUUAAAAGUGAUAAUGUUAAAUAAUUGUUAAAUAAUCUUUGUGAUUUCUUUUCAAAUGAUAAAAAUACUGUUGAAUUUGGUUGCAAUUAAGUCAUAAUUGUCAAAGAUCAAGAAUCUAAGACAAGAUUACCUAUUGAAUUAUAAAAUAUCUUAUGUUUAACCAUAUAUGAAGCUAAAGGUUUAGAAUUUGAUGAUGUCAUAUUAUUCAAUUUUUUCCAUGAUUCAACUGCAUCUAUUGAAGAUUGGGAAUCUCUUAAUAUUUUAGAACCUUAAGCAGAAUAUUUAAAGAAGGCUGAUUAUGAUAAAUAUAUAACAAGUAUUAAUAUUAUUAAUAAAUAGUUCAUUAUACAGAUGUAAUAGCUUCCACUGAAGAGAUUAAGAAUGAAUUAAUAGAAGUUUGGUAAUUGAAAAUGAAAAGUAACAAAGAAAAUAAAGAAAUUUCAAUAGAUUUAUGUUAAGAAUUAAAGUAAUUGUAUGUAGCAAUUACAAGACCUAAAUAAAAAUUAAUUAUUUUUGAUUAAUCUUUAGAAAAGAGAAGAAAUAUUUAAAAUAUUUGGAUUAAAUUAGAUGCAAUCCAAAUUAUAGAUUAAAUAAUUCAAAUAAACGAUGUUAUAUUUUAAUUAUAAUUAUAAAAUAAUAAUAAAGAGAAUUGGAAAAGACAAGGCUUUAAAAUGUUUAGAAUGAAUAAUUAUGAUUAAGCAGCAAAAUGUUUUAAAUUUGCUGAAGAAUAACAAUUAGAAAAGAAAUCUAUUGCUUAUAAUAUUUUAGUCAGUAAUGCACAUAUAACUAAUAGUCUAUAACAAUAUUAAUAAGCUGCUAUUAUUUUUGAAGAAAUUGGUUUAUUAUCAAGAGCUGCUUAAUGUUAUUUCACUGGUAAAUAAUUUUAGAAAGCAUAAGAAAUAUAUGAAAAAUUAGGAAAAAUGAAUGAGAUGGCAGAAUCAGCAUUUUUUGCCCUUAAUUACACAAAAGCAGCAUAGACUUUUGAGAUAUUAGGUGAUAUCAGAAGAGCUAUUGAUUGUUAUAGUUUAAAUAAGGAUUGGGACAAUGUUAUUAUAUUAUUAAAUAAGUACAAAAAUCAAUUCAAUCAGCAAGAGAGGAUGGCAUUUUUAAAUUAAUUUUUUCCUAAUUAUUUAUAAAAUCUAGCAUAAGAAAUACAGGAUAUAAAUAUAUAAUAAAUUGAAAAUAGUUAAAUAGUAUAUGAUAUUUAAGAAAUUAAUAAAGAAGAGUAAUCAAUUUUGAAUUAGUCUGAAAGUUUUACAAUUUAGAAUUCAAUACUUAAUUAAGAGGAUUCUUAAUUAGUAAAUGAUUAAAUUAUUAAUUAAUAUGAAUCUAGUUUAGAGAUAUUAAAUAAUAAAGAAAAUGAAUAAUCAUAAUCAUUUUAGAUAGAAAAUGAGAAUGAAUAAAAUGUGGAUCAUUUAUUUAUUUUUGAUCCUGAUGAUGAAUGGUUAAUAUAAGAUUAAAAAUCAUUGAUUUAAUCAAUGUCAUCUAAGAUUAGUCAUCAAUCAGAAUUUUCAAAUAUUGUACUACUAAAUCAAUCAUCAUAAAAAUCCCUUUUAAAAUCUAAAAACAAUAUUUUUAUAUCUAAUAAUGUGUUAUAACAAUUAAUUCAGAAAUCAUUAUUGUUCUCUGAUGAAUUUAGGAAUCACUUAGAUUCACAAAAAUACAAAGCUGUUUAAUUAUCAAAUAGAAAAGAUAAUGAUAAGGAGUUUGAUCAUAUGAUCAAUUUUUUUUAUGAUUUGGAAAACAUAGAUAUUGAUUCAAUUUAUAUGAUUUUGGAUAUUUUGGAAUAAUUCAAAAGUUACAAAUUAUGCAUUUAUUUAUGCAAUUACUUUAAAUUAUCAUCUUAUUUAGGUAGAUAUCUAGUUUCUUUAGUAUCUGCUUAUUCUCCAUUAACGAAGAAUAAUGCAUCAGUAGAUAUUUAAAUGAUUACUAUGGGAUCUUAUAGAAGAACUCUACUUGAAUAAUCAACUUUAUCUUAAAUUGUAUUUAAUAAUAUAAUAGAAACUAUUAAUCCUAUUUUCUUAAUAUUUAAAAAUGAAGAGGAUUUAAAUCUUAGCAAUAGUUUAGGAUUGAAUUGUUAUUAAGAAUUAAUUGGAUUAGGUUUUUGGAAAACAUUAAUAUACUAAUUAAACUUUAAACAUUCCAUAGAUUUGUGUAUGUCUUUUAACAAUUUUUCAGAUGUUAUUGAAAUAUUUAAGAAAAUAAAAUUAAAUAAAUAAUCAGAUUAAGAAUAAUUUAGAUUUAAAAAAAUCUAAUAUUAUUAAUAUAUUAAAUUAAUUUAAGGUUAGUAGUAAAAUGCAGUAGAUUUUGUAAAUGCACUUGAUAAAGAAUUUUAGAUUACAAAGAAUUAUUACAUGAAAAAAUAAUAAGAAAUAGAUGAAGUUGAUCUUGAUUAAUUAAUAAUUAAUGCAAAUAUUUAUAAGAAAAAUUUGACUUUUAAUGAACAACUUAAAUAAAUAGAAGCAAUAAUAUUAAGUUUUGAUAUUCUUUAAUCUAUAAACAAUUUCUCAUAUGAAAAACUUAUAGGAUUAUUUUAAAUAUAAGAAUAUUUUCAUAAUUAAUUGAUUUCCUAUAAAAAUUCAGGGUAUAUUAAUGAAGCUUUAUUAUUUUGUUAUGGUAUCUCAAUUCCUUAAGGUGAUAUCAUGAGUCAUUAUUCUCAUUCUUUACUCCUACACAUAUCAUCCAAAUUAAUAAAAAAAAUUGUAAAAGAAACUCAAAAUAUGGAAAAUACUCAAAAAUUAAAACAUUCCUUAUUAUUUAUGGAUAUUGGAUAUGAGUAUAUUUGCAUACCAUUUGAGUAAGUUAUUGAAUAAAUUAAAAAUACUUUUUUUUUGAAGAUUUAAUAAAUUUUAAACUAUUAAUCACAAAAACUAAUGGAUUUUUAUCAAAUCAAUGAUGAUGAGUCUUUUUCAGUGAGUUCUCAAGAAGAUUGGGAAGAUAUAAUUGCAGAACUGUUAGUAUUCUUAAUGCUUGAAUAAUCUUAUAAAAAGUUUUAAAGUAAGAUUUCUUAGAAAAAAGAGGAAUCAAAAAAGUUUCAUCCUCUUUCAAUUUAUUAUUCAAAAUAAAUUGAAUUAUAAGAAUACUCAAUAUUAGAUACUGAAGUAUCUUAGACUUUAAAAUUAUUAUAAAGAAUUAUAUUGAAAAAUAAUUAAAGAAUAGGUAACACUCCUAAUUAUAUCAAAUAUUUAAUUCGUGAGAUUUCUUUAAAUUUGAUUAUGCAGAUUUCUUAGAAGUAAAAUAAUUACCAUUCAAAUAUGAUAAUGGCAAUUAAUAUUUUAAAUUUGACUGAUUAAUUAUCUUUUGCUGUUUUAAUACUUUAAAAUUAGGAUAAAUAUGCCCCAUAUCUUAAAUAUAUUGAAUUUCUUGAAUGUUAGCAUUUUGGAAUUAUUGAGGAUUCUAUAGGAUGUUUUUUAGAUUAUAGUUAAUAUGUAAUGGACAGAUUUUAUUUGGAUGAAUAAUUAUGCCAUGUAAUUAGGAUAGGUUUAAAUAUUUUAGUUUCAAUUUUGUGUUACUGUUAAUAGAAAUUAACAAUAGUUAAAGUCUAUAAAGAAUAUUUAAAUAAGAUUGAAAAUGUUAAUGAAAAAUAUUGUAAAUUAGAGACAGGAGUAUUUUAAUUAAAUAAUUAAUAAUUACUAUUAGAAUAUUUAGAUUUUCUAUUUGAAUUUUAUUAAUUUUGUUGUUCAAAGUAUUACUAGGAUUAAAUCUAAUAGUUUUUAUUAAUAUUUGCAAUAAAUCUUUUAAAUACUCAAUAAGUUAAGGUUAUAAAAAGUUUUAUUGAAUAUCUAAAAUAAUGUUAAAAACUAAUAACGUUAUAAAAAUUACAAGAUAUUUUGAUUAAAGAAAUAUCAAAUAAUAAAAAGGAAGUUUAAAAAAAAAUAAAUAUAUUGAUCUCUCUUUCAAGUUAUUUAGAUGAGGAUAUCAUUGAAGUAGAAAUUAUAAAUAUAAAAUCUAAGUAAUAGUUAGAGGAAUAUUAUGAUAAAUGUAUUGAAGUAUGGAAUAAUUAUUAAAUUGAUAAAGAAGGUAAGAUAAAUAGUAUGAGAAAGUUGAUUAAGAAAUGGAAAGGGUUUAGAAAGGAUCAUAAAAUAAAUCUGACCGAAUAAAUAAAGUAAAAUCUACAAUUUGUGAGAAGUCUAUAGUAUUUUAAUAUAGGAUAAAAAGAAUAUAUAAGUUUAACAUUAAGAGAUUUAAAUAGAUAUAUGAAAAAUAAUAUUUCUAAUUUUAAUGAAGAUUUGAAAUUAGGUGUAUCUUUAUAAAGGUAAUAAUAUAUUAAAUAUAAAUAUAGAUAACUAUUAAAUGCAAGGUAAAACUUUAAUAAUUCAUUUGAUAUUCAUUUAAUAAAUUCUUUUUUGAAUGAAUUGGGAGAAUAUAUGAAAUAAUUGUUAAAGGGAGAAGAUGUGCAUAAAAAGAUAAAAUAAUUAGAUAGUGAUUUAAAAAAUUGGGAAUAGAAUGAUUAAGAAAAAUAGAUUGAUAAAUAAAUGUUAGAGUUGAAUAAAUAAUUAAUAAUUGAGAAGUGGAAGAAUUUAAGAGCUGGAAUAAAAGUAUAAAAAAAAUAAUUAAAUUAAACUAAAUAGAAGGAAUAAUUAAUAUCAAUAUAAGAAGUUGUUGAAGAAUGUUAAUAAUGA